UUCAGGGGGGGCGUGACUGUGGAACCCACUCAAAGUAAGAAGUCACGGCUCGGCCACGGCAGUCAGACCACAGCAGCAGAAGUUCACUACUACUAAGUUCCACUUUGCUCCUCAUAUUCUUUCACACGGACUUCAUUUUUGGAGCAGUGCUGGGGGGAAGAAAACCGCCACUUUAUCAGACAGGAUGUCGGCACUCUCCGUGAAUGACCACCUCGAAGGGAUUUUAUCAGAUUUUGAAGCCCUGAAGAGAUCCUUUGACAUUGAAGAUGUGGAUGACAUACCGUCCUUCUCAUCAGCAUCUACUACCUCUUACCCUGUCUCUCCUUCGACCUCCCAUUUCUUCAUCAGCCACAACAAAACCAACGAGGAGUGUGGUGGUGGACAAACCCCCUCUUCACCUUUCAACAACAACAACCUGGUUCCUGCAGCGUAUCAUAGCCGUAUCAGCCGAAGUUCCAAUCCCAGCCCAGUACUCAAGUCCCGCACAGUGGUCAGUAGCAUGUCCUUCAGUCGGGGAACCAUGAACAAACCAACUCUUCACAACAACAGCUCUUCGGUGACCAGAGCUGCAUCUUUUCAGAGCAGGGUGAACCAAAACAAUGGUUUCUCUGUGUUGCCUGGACCAGGAAGUGACAACGACAGCCUUCAUAGUUCCACGUCCAGUCUUGAAUACUCUGGAGUGGGUGGAGGUGCUCCAAAUCCAAACAAGCCGUUUUCCUAUCCAAGUCCUCUUCUCCAGGGGGAGUACCACCAAGCCCAGCCCCAGCGAUCACCGCAGCAAUUACAAGGAGGCGCAAACUUUGGAAGAAAUCACAACGUGACAAAGUUCUCCUCUCUUGGGACUGUUUUCCAGUCUGAUUUAAACCAGGGGACGGGGUUCAUGUUGGGGGCAGAUUCUGACGGGAUUAAUCUUGGCUCCAUGCCUAGCCUUGAUAUUCAAAUCCAAGAUGGAGGAAGUGGAAUGUUGGGUAUGCAAGGAGGUGGGGACAGGGUUUCUCCUGGGUUAAGGUAUCCCAAUUCUAACCCAACUUGGAAUGCUGGGCUUAAAACUCCCAAUUCUCCUGGCUCCAACAAUCAUCAGCAUCUUUUCCCACAGAUUCCUCAGAGUAAGGCUCCACGUCUCAGUAAAUUCCCUUUAGACCUUGACAGCUUGGUGAACACUACCUCAGCCACUUCACCUGCUAGAGGAUCAAUAAGUCCCAACCCACCAAAGCCUCCUCCAAGGAGCACAGGAAGCCUUCAGCAUCACACCAACUCACCAUUCCUGUCAAGCCCAUCAGCUUCCCUCAGCAGUCUUGAUAGUUCAUCUGAUACUCCACCUGUCUCCCUUCACCAUCCUUUUUUAACUUUGUCACCACACCCAAUUACCUACCAGGGUUCUAUCCCUGUUUCAGAGGUGAGCUGCUCACCACGGCCUUUUUCUCCAGCCCAGACCCCGCAGUUGGAAAUCCUCUCUCAACCAAAAAUUGCUUCCUUCGCAAGUUCUAUUGGCUCAUUGGGCAAUGGCCGUAGUGAUGUCGGAGAUAGUGUAGACUCAAUCUUACAAAGGAUUGCCUCCUUUUCCCAGCCUGCCAUCGCUGAAACAACCCCAGCACCUGUCAUCCAACAUCCCACUGUCCCAAACAAAGGAACUCUUUCUUCUGGAUUGGGCUCUCCUGCAGAAGUUGCGCGCAUGCCAACAUCGUGGGGAUACGGCAAGAAGAUAAACAAAGAAAACACUGACGCGCUGAACACGGACAGACCUACACCGAUGGAGGAGAGAGAGGAGGAGAGAGGCAUCAUGGGAGAAGAGCAAGCCGCUGAGGAGAAGAGCGAAGAACAACUGGAGAGCUCGGACACCAAGGAUUCAAUCAAAGAAGAAGAAACAAAUGGCGUGGAGGCCCACGCUGAGGUGGAGGAGAAGCAAAAGGAGAAAGGAAUGGAGGACGGAGAGAUGAAGAAGGAGGUGGAGCUGGAGACGGAGGUGAAGACGGAGGUGUGCCAGCUGGUGCCGGGCCUGCAGAUGAGCUUCAUCCACAGCAGCGACUUAUUUGGCUAUGUGGGCAUUGAGGCAGUGCUGGACCAGAUGAGACGCAAGACCAUGAAGGCCGGCUUUGAGCUCAACGUCAUGGUCGUCGGUCAAAGUGGUUUGGGGAAGUCGACACUCGUCAACACUCUUUUCAAGUCUAAAGUCAGCAGGAAGUCCUGCACACCAAACUAUGAGGAGAACAUUUCCAAAACGGUCAAGCUGCAGUCAGUGAGCCACAUGAUUGAAGAGAAGGGGGUGAAGAUGAAGCUGACGGUGAUUGACACGCCAGGAUUUGGAGACCAAAUCAACAAUGACAACUGUUGGGAGCCCAUCGUGGAAUACAUCAACGAGCAGUAUGAGAAUUAUUUGAGGGAAGAGCUGCAUGUCAACCGCAAGAGGAGAAUACCAGACACCAGAGUCCACUGCUGCAUCUACUUCCUGGCCGCGACUGGACACAGGUUACGCCCAAUCGACGUGGAGUUCAUGAAGAGAUUGGGAACGAUAGUGAGCAUCGUGCCUGUCAUCGCCAAAGCGGACACACUCACCAUUGAGGAACGACAGGAGUUCAAAGAGAGGAUAAGGCAAGACUUGGCCGCCAACGGAAUUUGUGUUUAUCCCCAGAAAGAGUAUGACGAGGAUCCAGAGGAGCGCUUUCUCAACGACAGGCUGAGGGAGAGCAUUCCCUUCGCUGUGGUGGGGACCGACAAGGAGCACCAGGUGAAUGGAAACAAGGUGUUGGGCCGUAAAACAAAGUGGGGAAUAAUUGAAGUUGAAAAUGUGGAACAUUGUGAGUUUGCCAGCCUGCGAGAUCUGCUUAUCAGGUCUCACUUGCAGGACCUGAAAGACGUGACACACAACAUCCACUACGAAACAUACCGCGUGCGACGGCUCAACGAGUGCAACAUCAACUUCAUCAAACAGGGACUUUUCCAGCGGCCACUGGAAAAUGGAACUGCCGACAAAUCGGAAUCAGACAGCCACCUCUGAGGCCACGCUCGGCCCUAUGGUCCCGGAUUCAUGCUCUUCACCCACCCGGGAUGAGACAUGUCUCUCUCUCCCUUUGCCCAACUAUUGGUUAUUUUUCAUGAAAGCUUUUUAUGGGGCACGUGAGUAUUUUUUGUUUUGCGUUUUCUUUGUUUUACGGUUGCAUAAACGGGCGUCAUCGGCGCGGUCAGGUAGGCACAGUAUUAUCUCAACUCCUCCUCGUCUGCUACGUGAAGGCCAAUGUGAAAUGCCAAAUCAGCAGGAAACAUUGGCGGGUAGAUCCACACCCUAACCCACUUUCAAACCCCUUCCGAGUUCAAACAUAACAUGAGUUGCCCGCCGAGUGCUCCAAUUAGCCUUUAAACGUCAUUGUUACGUUAAACUCAAGUACUCGCGAUCUGUGGUUGACUUGAGAAGCAGAGUCAUCCUCUCUUAUGUAAACACUCACUUGGACAACAAUAAAUUGCAUACUGUUCAAA